AAGAAAUGAAACCUCAAGACAAAGUAUCAAGAUCAUUAAAAGAAAACACAUUGACCGCUAUCAAUUCCAACAAGUCCUUGGGAAUAACAAGCAAGCUGAAGAAUACUGAUAAAAAGGACAUCGAUGCUGUUCAAAUCUUUAUCAAACAGAACAAGCAAGAAUUCAAGACAAGGCCUUCAUGUCUCUCAAGUACACUGGCCAUCGAGGAUCAAAACACUUCUCUUUACCUCUCCUGUACAAAAUUGAUGCUGAAUCUUCUGGAAGCUUGCCAAACAAUGUGACAACAAGAUCAAAUCAGGUCAAAAGAGUGAUAAUGACUUAACUUUAGGUAUUUUAAUGUCUUUGAUUUUUCAAAA